GUGAACGGCAGCUACACAAGUGUUGGCGAUGAAACCUCUGUAAAUACUUUUCAUAACAGUUUGACAGCUGCUGUCAAUGGCAAGUCGAUUACAAAGACUGGAACGACUGGAACGUCGUCUCCCACAAGAGACGAUGGUUUAGACGAUGGUAAACAAGGUUAUCACAACGAAACAAGUAAAUUGGGAACUCAUGAUAGUGCAGGAUUGAGAAAUACAUCGAAAAAUUUGCAACUUGAUUCCAAUAAAGAAAAGGAGACUGCCCAUAUUCACAUUUAUACAGAAAAUCCUUGCCGUAAUGGUGCCACACUUACUUUCACCUUAUUUGGAACACGAUGUGUAUGCAAGCCUGGCUUUAAGGGAGAUCACUGUCAAGACACAGACCACUGCUAUGCCAAGCCUUGUAAAAACGAUGCGAUUUGUCGAGAUCAUAAAACAAGAUACGAAUGCCAUUGCAAGAAAGGUUACAAAGGUUUCAAAUGUGAAGCGAAAGAUAGAUGCUAUCCAAAUCCAUGUCGAAACGCGGGCAUCUGCCAUGAAAGAAAUGGAAUGGUUAACUGCAGUUGUCAACGUGGGUUCAAGGGUAUCAACUGUACAGAUGUGAAUAAAUGUGAAAUUAACCCGUGCAGAAAUGGAGGCACUUGCAUCCAGUUAGAAAAAAAUCAGUUCUUCUGCAAGUGUCUGCCUGAAUACAACGGAACGUUCUGUCGCAAGCGAAAUCGUUGUCUUGUACAUGUUAAUCCAUGCAGAAAUGGUGGAAUUUGUUCAACCGACGAGAAGAAACCUGUCUGUAGUUGUCGUGAAGGAUUUGUUUCCGAAUUUUGUCAAGAUCAUGUUUGCAAACCAAGUCCUUGUCUUCACGGAGGAGUUUGUAAGGCAAAAGCCAAAGGACAGACCUGGGAGUUUCAGUGUUCAUGUCCGAAAAGUUUCACCGGGAAAAUUUGUCAAGUCGCCAGUCCAUGCAUGAGUAAACCCUGUAUGCAUGGUCGAUGUAUUGACGCCACGAAUGAUCCACGCUACACGAGACUCACUGGUGGUUAUCUCUGCCUUUGCGAGAAGGGAUACACCGGGAAGAAUUGUAGAAAAAAGAUUUGCGACAGUUGCCAUAAAAAUGCCAAAUGUCAAGGCGGUCAUUGUGUAUGUAAACCUGGUUUUAUUGGAAACGGACUGACUUGUAAAUCAGUUUAUAAGACUGGUCCUUGUGCUCUCAAACCAUGCAGAAACAAUGGUGUUUGUGUGAAUAUGGAUGAAACCACAUACGACUGUCGAUGCUCUGCCAAAUAUACUGGACGGAACUGCGAGACUCGUUUGAAAUGUGUUCCCAAUCCUUGUAAACAUGGCGGUGUUUGUUUUGAAAGUGGCAAGACAUUCCGUUGUGUUUGCCAGAAAAAUUUCACUGGAAAAGAUUGCUCGAAACGCGUUGUUAUCAAAGAUCGAUGCUCACCCAACCCGUGUAAAUAUAAUGGGAAAUGCAGGACUUCAGAGGAUGGAACACGAGCAUUUUGCAAAUGUCCAACGUACAAAUUCAAGCCACCGUUUUGUGAUUGCGACUGUCCCAAGGCAAACCCAUUACGGCAGAGAAACAGCAUCAACUCUUUUUGUGACAAGAAAGGAGAUUGCAUCUGUCCACGAAGCAAAAUGUACUUGACUCCUUGGGGAUGUGUGCCUUCUGUAUUGAGUGAGUUGGACAACCCAUGCAGUGUGAAGCCGUGUAGAAAUAAUGGCACCUGCUUUAAUUUCAGUAUUUCUCCGCUCACACAAAAUGACCGCAGCUACCGUUGUCGUUGUGCAAUUGGUUUCACUGGCUCCCGUUGUGAGAUAAAGUUACCCGACCCGUGUUUACGUAAUCCGUGUAGAAACGGAGGUGUUUGUAAAGCAUCGAAAGGAGUCGCUGUCUGCCAUUGCAAGUCCGGCUACGUACGACCAUACUGUUUACGACCUCCCCCUGGCGUGAGCAAAUGCUACCCAAAUCCAUGUUUAUACGAUGGUGAAUGUUUUGAAAAAGAUGGCAGAUAUUCCUGCAAGUGUAAGAAACACUUCACUGGAACUCAUUGUCAAAUUUUUAUGGAUGAUUGCAAGGAUUGUAACUCAAAAUUUGCUCAUUGCUUCCGCGGAAAAUGUGUUUGUAAACCUGGCUACGUCGGAAAUGGGAAAGUUUGUGCACCAUCGUUAUCAGUAAAUCCAUGUCAAAACAGUGGUAUAAUUUUGCACACACCAGGCGGAUUUGAAUGCUUGUGCAAAAAGCAAUACAAAGGGAAACAUUGCGAAGCUAGAAAUUAUUGCUAUCCCAACCCGUGUGUAAACAGGGGAAAUUGUGUUGAGACGAAGCAUAGUUUCGUCUGCAAGUGCUUGAAAGGUUUCAAGGGUGCAACAUGUUCAGAAAAAGAUCCGUGUGCUCUGAAUAUUUGCAAACAUGGUGGUACAUGCAUUGAUGUUGGUGGAUCUAAAGUACAGUGCAGUUGUCCAAUAGGGUUCAAGGGGAACACCUGUGGAGAAAUUGAGUACUGUGAUCCUAAUCCCUGCCUUCACGGGGGGACAUGCAAGGAGAGCAACGGGAAGUUUGUUUGUGCAUGCGUGCAAGAUUGGAGAGGAUCUAUAUGUGAGAUUCCACAUCGUUGUCUUGUGAAUCCUUGUCGAAAUGGCGGUCAGUGUAUCGAAGGGCAAACAGCGACAAUGUGUAAAUGCAAGGAAGGCUUUUAUGGUACUUUUUGUCAAGACCACGUUUGUCUGCCUAAUCCUUGCUUCAACAAGGGAGAGUGUUCAGUGGUAGUUAAACCUGACAAAACCUGGACAUACAAAUGUCAAUGUCAGCCGACGUUCAAAGGCGAAAGAUGUCAGGUUCGCAAUCGUUGUGCUUUAAAUUUGUGCAAAAAUGGUGUCUGUAUCGACGAUUCCAGCAAAUACCACGUCGAUCUUCCUCUGAAUGGAUAUCUCUGUAUUUGCAAAGACGGUUUUAAAGGAGAGAAUUGCGACCGUAACGUUUGCGACAAUUGUCACAAGGAUGCCGUGUGCCUAUAUGGGCAAUGUAUUUGUAAGAAUGGUUUUGUCGGAAAUGGAAAGACCUGUAAAAAAUCGUCCGACAUUUGUUCGCCGAAUCCCUGCAAGAAUGGCGCUAAAUGUGUCCACGCUCCCAAAGAUUCUUUCGAUUGCGUUUGUGUCCGAGGAUUCACUGGACCACUGUGUGAGAGUGUUACCUUGUGUGAUCCUAAUCCUUGUAAGAAUGGGGCGACCUGUGUUGCAGCUGCUGGGAAGUACACGUGUAUUUGUCCACAGGGGAAGGCUGGACCCGACUGUGAGGAAAUCAAGAAGAUAAAAUGUACUCCUACAUUUUGUCAAUAUGGUGGAAUAUGUAAAGAACCCGAGGACCCUACUAAACCGCCAUUUUGUAUCUGCAAAACGCACAAAUUUGUUCCUCCUAACUGUGCCUGUGCUUGUGCGCCUGCAAACAAGAACGUCGAUUCCUCUGCGGUUGAUCCAGUUUGUGACGCAGAUGGAGACUGCGUUUGUGCAGAUGCAUCCAAGACGUUUGUAACAGGCACUGGCUGUACUGUAGGAAAGACCGACCCCUGUCUUAAUUUACUCUGUCAAAACGGUGGAACAAAAGAAAGAGCUGGCUCCACUUGCAUUUGUCGAUGUCCAACUGGCUACACAGGAGCAAGAUGCGAGACAAAAACAGGUCGCCAGUGCAUUCCUAACCCUUGCAAGAAUCAGGGAACGUGUGAGGAGAGUUUAGGACGAAUUAAAUGCAACUGUUUGCAAGGAUUCAGACAACCUUUCUGUGAACCCGAGACGAUAGCAAAUUUCAAACCGUGUGUACAGAAUCCUUGCAAGAACGGUGGACGAUGUCUGGCUUUGAAAAACGGUUACGACUGUCAGUGUUCUCCGCAAUAUACUGGGCCUCAUUGUGAAGUUGAUAAAUGUCUAAAAUGCCACAAAGACGCAUAUUGCAUCCAGGGCGUGUGCACGUGCAAGGAAAACUUCGUAGGGAAUGGAUAUAACUGCAUCGUUGAACUGGAGAAGUCAGACUCCUCUUGUUACAAAUGUCCUGUGAAUACUGUGUGUAAUUUGGGAGUUUGUGAAUGUCGUCAUGGUUAUGUCAUGCAAAAGAGAAACUGCAUUCCGAUAACAGUUUAAACUGGGUAGUAAUUUGUGAUCGAAUCGCGUACUCCGGUCAGUCCCAGAGCAAGUUCGAGUGUGUAUAAUAUACUGGGAGCCGUGCUGAGUGCAUGAAUUAUGAUGUCAUCCAUGUAAACCACUUCAAAAAAAGAUGAAUUUCUACUAACAAUCUUGCUGGUCUUGGCUGAACUGUAAUAAGAACACCGAGCAAUUUAACUCAUUAUACAAAUAAAACAAACUCACUUUAAAUCCGCCAAAAUAAUGUGGCUAAAAUAACAGUUAUUCAGUUCACAAUGUCAAGUGUUCUGCAAUAAAAUAAAUAAUUGUAAAAAUUAUUAAUGAUAUAAAGCAUAUGA